AUGGCGGACAAGAAGUGGCUGCUAGGACCAGGGCCGCUGGAACCAAUGCCCCUGGGCAUGAACUGCAAGCCCUGGUACAGAGACAAGUUACCUUCCAAGUGUUUCGCAAAGCACAAGAAGGCGCUCCUGAAGUUCCCCACCUCCCUGGACGGCCGGCGGUGGGUAUUUGUGAAAGAGGGGCUGGCCGACUUCCGGAAGGGCUGCCCACCUUGUGAAGAUGUGAUCCCUGGUGGCCCUGAGGAGGGCUUUGUCCCUGUGAUUGCUCACAGAGUUCCCCAGCUGGGCCCCAAAAAGGGUCAGAGAAAGCUGCCCAAGACAGCAAACCUGUCUUCCACGCUCUCGCCAGCCCAGCCAGCACGGAAGGCAUUUGUGGAGGACAUCGAAGCCCACCUGACCGAACAUCCCUUGGCUCUCUACCCAAAUCUGGAGGAAGAUCUACCUGCAGACCUCUUAUUAAAGGUACUGGAAGUGCUCGAUCCUGACAGGAAGCUGAAGGAUACAUGGGCUUAUUGUGAAGGCCCCAGGAAGAGAACAAAGCCCUCCACAAAGCUUCGUAAAAAACGUCCUGCCAAGGUCUACGUGGAACCUAUCGAGAGGGCUCCCAAGUCAUAUCCAUCCAGUUUGCAUUAUAAGGACAGGAAGCCAAGCAGCUUCCUGGAAUUUCUCGAGAAGAUUGCUGACUCACAUCCAGCCAGUCUGCAUCAUGAGGGCAAGAAGUCAAGCAUCGAUCCAGAACCUCUCGAGCAGGCUCCUGAGUCAAAGCCAGCCAGUUUGCAUCACAAGCGCAAGAAAGCACACAUCUACCUGGAAUUUUUCAAGAAGGCUCCUGAGUCACAUCCAGUCAGUUUGCAUCAGGAGGACAAGUCCAACAUCCACCCGGAACUUCUCGAGAAGGCUCCUGAGUCACAUCCAGCCAGUCUGCAUCAGGAGGACAAGUCCAACAUCCACCCGGAACUUCUCGAGAAGGCUCCUGAGUCACAUCCAGCCAGUUUGCAUCACGAGGGCAGGAAGUCAAGCAUCUGCCCGGAACCUCUCGAGAAGGCUCCUGAGUCACAUCCAGCCAGUCUGCAUCACGAGCGCAGGAAGUCAAGCAUCAACCCGGAACCUCUCGAGAAGGCUCCUGAGUCACAUCCAGCCAGUCUGCAUCACGAGCGCAGGAAGUCAAGCAUCUACCCGGAACCUCUCGAGAAGGCUCCUGAGUCACAUCCAGCCAGUUUGCAUCACGAGCGCAGGAAGUCAAGCAUCUACCCGGAACCUCUAGAGAAGGCUCCUGAGUCACAUCCAGCCAGUUUGCAUCACGAGCGCAGGAAGUCAAGCAUCUACCAGGAACCUCUCGAGAAGGCUCCUGAGUCACAUCCAGCCAGUUUCCAUCACGAGGGCAGGAAGUCAAGCAUCCACUUAGAACCUCUCGAGAAGCCUCCAGAGUCACGUCGAUCCAGUUUCCAUCACGAGGACAAGAAGUCAAGCAUCCACUUAGAACCUCUCGAGAAGCCUCCAGAGUCACGUCGAUCCAGUUUCCAUCAUGAAGACAAGAAGUCAAGCAUCCACUUAGAACCUCUCGAGAAGCCUCCAGAGUCACGUCGAUCCAGUUUCCAUCAUGAAGACAAGAAGUCAAGCAUCUACCCGGAACCUCUGGAGAAGCCUCCUGAGUCACAUCCAGCCAGUCUGCAUCAUGAGGACAGUAACUCAAGCAUCUACUCGGAACCUCCUGAGAAAGCUCCUGAGUCACAUCGAUCCAGUUUGCAUCGUAAGGACAGGAAGUCAAGCAGAAAGGAUUCACUCACUGAUCCUCGUACUUCUAGAAAAAUACCCAAAGGAAUUCGUCAAUUCUGCAAAUGGGUUGCUACUUUUGGAGACUUGGGCAUUGAUGAAGAGUUCAUCAUGAAAAAGUGUGAGGUUAAAUGUGAGUGCCCACCAACCUAUGGUACAGGCUGCAUCAAGAAAGUAACCAAGGUUCCUUCAGAGGUCAAACACUGCAUAGGGCUAAAUGAAAUGGAGGAGAGAAAAUUCUCAAUCGAGGAGCGAAACUGGGAGAGGAAACUCCAGAAACCAGAGAAUCCUUAUAAACCCAACUGGGUGAAGAUGAGGUAUGGCGCAUGGUAUCUGAAGCCCAAGUUGUGGAAAAAGCUAAUCAAUGAUGAACCUUUGACGGACCCCAAGGGCUUACUUGGAACUCAAGGCGGGUGUUUUGGAAGGAGGCUUCCUGAACAGGACAUUCUUGAAGAUCUUUAUGGAACAAUUGCCUUUAAAGAUUACAUUCUAAGCAAGGGGUACGAGAUGCCAGACAUCCUUGAGAGGUUGUUUAUCAGGAAGGGAUGGACCUAUGAUUCUGUUAAGACUCCUAUACAAAGAGUAAUAAAAAUGACCUUAAACAAAGAAGAGGAUACAUGCGAAGAUGGUUAG